GAUGACUCCCCUCGAUAUUGGCCGUGGUAUUUCUGGGACGCUUGGGACCUCAGCCUCCACGCGGCCUGGCCUGCCUCUGACUCCCCGUCGAGGAUGCUCGCUGGAGAAGACUCGCGGGCCCCGUUGACGCCUGACCGCGGCUGCGCUGCGAACGGGCGGGCAGCCUCGCGCUCGCUGGCCGUCGCAGUCCUGUGUACUGUAUUUUGUUCUGUUUGGAUGGGUAAUUAUUGGAAACAUAUCCGUCCUUUUUAUAUACCCCCAACCCUGGCCCGCUGCUCAGCGUGGAAGGUGCGAUCCCGCUCGCGAGGCACUGUGGUAAGCACACUCCCCAUUAUUGUGCACCGUCCCCCUUUACCGUGCCACCCACCAGCUCCACAGCACACAGUAUCGCCGUUUCGUCCGUCUCUGCUCCGUUUCCGGCCAGCCAUGCCGACAGCGUGUCUCCCUGUGUCCGCUCCGCCCCUCAUGGAGAUCCGUCCAGCGUCAGGCAAGACUGGCGGUUCGUCAAUGCAGGCAGAUUGAGCGAGUGCAGCCGGCGACCCACUUGCAUCCUCAGCAGUGCGCUCUCUGGCCCCGGCUGGAUCCUCCCACAUGGGCGUCGCACACACGGGACGGCGCUGAGGGGCCUCGCGGCGACCAAUUCGGCUGCCGAGGGAGAAUGCCAAAAUCCAACUGGCCUGCAGCGCGCUAUGUACCGUCGCCUUCAGCUUCGGCGACCCUUCCUCUGGUCCUCUCGCCUCGCCCUAGCUCGGGGGCUACGAUGAGGCCGGCGUCGCGGAACGGCUGGCUCU